CAACCCUUACUUCCGUAUUUACAAAUAUUCGUCACGAUCAUGAGUGUAUACAAAAGAAAUAUAGUCUAAAAACUCCAGAAUUUACUCAUUAGCAGCUGCCUAGAUCUAGUCAUUGUGAUUUAGUUGAAGAAGACAGACACACACCAUGUUUAAAAAGAAACCAACCGUCCAAGAACAACUGCGUGAGAAUGAUAGAACGAUGAGAAAAACCCAGAGAGACCUCACAAGAGACCGAGACAAGCUCGAGAGGGAGGAAAAGAAAAUUGAAAUGGAAAUUAAGAAGGCAGCUAAACAAGGCAAUAAACAGGCAGCCACAGUGUUAGCUAAACAAUUAGUUGCAUUAAGGAAACAGAAAACGAAGAGCUACUCUGUAGGAUCCAAAAUAUCCUCCAUAGGGAACCAGCAAAAGUUAAUGCACUCUAACAUGAAGAUGGCUGGUGCCAUGGCAACAACAACAAAGACAAUGCAACAGAUGAAUAAAGUGAUGGAUCCCCAGAAGACUGCAAAGAUGAUGCAAGACUUUGAGAGAGAAAACAUGAAAAUGGGCAUGUCGGAGGAAAUGAUUAACGAUACGUUAGAUGAUAUUCUGGGAGAGUCGGGUGACGAAGAGGAAUCUGACGCCGUUGUUAACCAGGUCCUGGACGAAAUCGGAAUCGAGAUCACAGGAAAGAUGGUGAGUGCACCUGCUGCUCCAAGUCGCGGCCUCGGGGAAACUUCUAAGUCUCGGGUUACAGAUGAUGACAUAGAAAAACAAUUAGCGGCUCUGAAAGAUCUAUAGUGAAGGAAAACAAAGAUGUUAGGUAUAAUUCUGUGUCCAGAAUGGAUUUUACAUGUAGAUCAAAUGUGAUAUACAAAAUUGUAUACAAACUUAUAAUUGUAUGAAUUGGUGUAUUCAUUUGAUGCCUGCAGCCUUUGGAAUGGGUUAGGAUGUAUGCAUGAGUGAUUUGAAAACUGUUACCUCUAAAUUUUAGUAAAA